AUGCAAGAUGUGCCUGGCUCGUUCCCACCUCCAGCAAGGACGCCAUCGACUUCGCGGAGCCACAACCAGAGCGACGACGAGGAAGAGGAGGAAGAGGUCACGUACCGAAGCUUGUCACAACUAGUGUACUCGAGAAGAGCCGAAUACGUUCGACCGAAACACGUGCGGAUCAAGGUCGGAACUUGGAAUGUGGCUUCAUUCAAAGGCACAGAAAAGGACGUCGGAGGAUGGUUCGUCGGAGGGAAGGGCCUGGCUGAAGGCUUGACUGGACUGAGGAUCGACGAUUCUUCGAAGACUGAGAAUGUCGAGAGCGUGAAUCUGCAAGAGGCGAGGUACGAGAGGAAACAUGAAACUCUACCUACUGGCGACACGGGCAUCUUGCCGAAGGGCGAUGAUGUGGGUCUUUACGUUCUGAGCUUGCAGGAAUUGGUGGACAUCACUUCUGUUGCAGAAGCUUUGAGGCCGUCUACGGAUCCUGCUGCUGCAAACAAGUUCAAGGAAGCAAUGAAUGCGGCGCUACCCGCAGGAUACCAAUUGGUUGCAGAGCAGCAACUCAUUGGACUGCUGCUUCUGGUGUAUGCUGCCCCGGACGUAGCCAAGGACGUCAAGUCUGUCAGCACCACAAGCGUUGGGACGGGAGUGAUGGGCUACAUGGGCAACAAGGGAGCUGUCACUGCGAGGAUUGUGCUUGGGGAGACUACGCGAUUGGUUUUCGUCAACUGUCAUCUUGCAGCUGGAGCAGACAAGGCAUCUCUGGAGCGGCGCAACUGGGACGCCUCUCAAAUCGUCAGCCGCACUCGCUUCGAACCGAUCAAGGAUGCUAUGGAUCUUGCUCAGACCACCGGCGAACAGAUUGGCGACGAAGACUUCGCUUUCUGGUGUGGAGACCUCAACUAUCGUCUGGAAGGUAUCCCUGGCGAUGAUGUCCGUCGACUUCUCAUGCUGCACACGAGAAACGAGUACGAUCUCAGCCAGAAAUCUGCUCGCAAGGUUGAGAAUGAGCUGCACAACGCUGCAGAAUCAGUCAGCAAGCGGGUGGCUGGUCAGACGUUGGAGGCGCCAGGAUCGUCCAAUACCUCAGCCAGAUCAAGCAUGGACAUCCGUCGAAGCUUCGAAAGCGGCCAAACAGAGAGCACCAAGGCUACCACGGCACUCGAGGCCGAGAUCGAUGCAAGUUCAGAUCCAACUUCUCUGCAGACUACCCUGUCGUCUCUUCUCCCACAUGACGAGCUUCACCAACAGAUGAAGUCUCGAAAGGCAUUCCAUGAUGGCUGGCGAGAAGGUCCAAUCACAUUCUUGCCAACUUACAAGUACGAUCCUGGAAGUGUUGGCGUCUUCGACUCUAGUGAGAAGAAGCGGGCGCCAUCCUGGUGCGAUCGCAUCCUGUAUCGCACUCGGAGGGACAAGGUGGCUUGGGAGGCAAAGAUUCGCGAGGAGGCCAACGCACGAAAGAAGGACGCCGAGCUCCAUGCGAGUGGCAUCGCCGAAGCUGCAAAUGAUGAUGAUUUACUUUACGACUAUGACCCAGACACGGAUGGUGCGGAUCUCGCGGACGAGUACGAUGAAUAUGACGAUGUCGAUGAAGGCGUGGUCAUUACGAAAGAAGGAUUCGAGGACGAGAUCGAGCAGGAAUACUACACUGCACACCAACGUGUACUCUCCAGCGACCACAAACCCCUGGACGCGAGUUUCAUGCUGAAGUACGACGCAGUAGUGCCGGAGCUCAAAGCGAAAGUCCAUGCCGAGGCAGCAAAAGAGCUCGACAAGGCUGAGAAUGAAGGCCGGCCAAACGUGACUGUCGUCGUUGACGAGCAUAACAAAACUCCCUCGAUUUCUGAGAGCGACGGGUACGAUGAGAAGUUCGAGGGGGUCUGGUUCGGCGAGAUCAGAUGGGCACAAAGCAAGCAUCGAUCCCUGACUAUCGCAAACACCAGUCGAGUGCCCGCGAGUUUCUCCUUCAUCGAGCGACCGGUCGCUGUCAACGAUGUGCCAGGCAUUGCGCCGAAAUGGCUAGGCCUGAAAAUCAACGAUCACGACGUUCCCAGCUCGUCCACUACCUCAGAACCGGUCACACUCGAACCAGGCGAGACGUGCGCCGUGGACUUGGAUUUACGCAUAAUGAGCAUUGACGACGUACGAACUUUGAACGAGAAGAAAGACGGACUGGAGGAGAUUCUUGUUUUGCGGGUGGAGAAUGGCCGGGACCACUUCAUUCCAUUACGAGCUAAAUGGCUUGACAGUACUCUGGGCAGACACAUUGACAAGCUAGUUCGCAUUCCCGAAGGCGGCAUCCGCAGACUGCAAGGCCAAAAGCCCGCCGACAAGGGAAAGGCCGCCAAAGCAAACGCACAUGGUGCCACUUCGCCUUCCUCGCGGCACAGUGAUGAAGAAGAACCUGUACGUUUCUCUGCUCCGCGCGAACUGUUCCGGCUGACGGAGGCGAUAGAAGAGUUGGGCGUCCGCGUUGUGGCCAUCUGGGCUAUGACGCAGCCAGACGCUCCAUGGGACGAGCAUCCUGCGUGGCCGUUUGACGAAGAGUGCUGGACCGAGCGUACCACUUCCCACUGGACCGAGGCUCUCAGUGAGGCUUGCAAUGCUGUGGACGAUGACAAGCCAAUCGAAGCGAUUCUCCCGGCGGACUUGCCGCGAAUCCAAAAGCUAUACGUUCUGUCCAGCUUUCUGCUUAUCUUCCUACGAAGUAUGACAGAUGGCAUUGUAACCGCAGCUCUUUGGUCCGAGGUCGAAGCCUACCUCGCUGAAGUUGACAAGUCGAAGAAGAAGCCGUCCAACGACGACCAGAGAACAGCAAUUCAGGAGAUUCUGUCUCAGAGUCCGAGCCACAACAUCUCCUUCAUCCUCAUCACGUCCAUGCUAGAGCGCAUGAUGCAAGAAAGAAUCUCGAACAGUCCGGAAAAGGACCUGACAUCGCCUAGUCCUGCAAGCAAAGCAGGAGGUACCUUGAAGCGCAUGGCGACACUCGGUCGCGCGGCACAGGCGCCACCAAAAGAGCUGGCCAGUCCAGCAUUGGCCAAGGUAUUCGCGGACGCCGUCGUCAGAGUCGACGCGCAUGGAGGCGAUAAGGCCAAGACGGCUCUCCAAAAGCGGAAGGCUGCAUUGAUAGAGAUCUUUUUGCAGAGGGAUGCGCCAUAG